UAGCAGAAGGAUUGAAAGACACAAAAAUGAUCUAUAAAAUGUGGGCCUGCUUGGUGCUCGCUUUCACACUCGCUGCUGGAACGUCAGAAAGCAGCAACGACACGGCGGCGGAAGAAAGGCUGGUCAUCGCCCGAGGUAAACUGAUGGCUCCCAGUGUGGUUGGAUGAGGCAUAAAGAAAAUGCCUGAGCUCCAUCACUUCCUCAUGGAGCGUUGGGCUCUGUAUCAUAACUUAGAGUAUGACUCAUCAGAAGAGAAGAACCCCCGUCUGAUAUUUUACAACGAAAAGGAUGAGGUUGUAAAGACCGUCCCUGUGAAGAACAUGAAGGCGGACGAGAUCAGCAGCCUGCUGGAGUCUCUGGGUUUCUAUAAGAGGUCCAAGAAAGGGGAAGAAGUGCCAGAGGAGUUCCAGAACUUCCCCCUGCACGCCCCAAGGGACGAGUUGUGAUGACCCCUUGUGGCCAGACUCUGUACUUGCAACCCAGCCGCAAUAAUGACGAGUGGGGCUUCAAGGCCAGACUGUUAAAGCCAGGCCCCAGUCUGAGGACCACGCUGGUUGGGUGCGGUGCAGAGGGUGUUAGGCAUACUUGAGGCAUACUGUUUGUUCACACUCUUAAAUAAAA